CCUGAGUCGUGUCAGUGCUCCGGCGGACGCGAUCGCGCGCGCGAGUGUGUCGUUCAGUAUCGUCGUUUUCUUUGUUGGCAAAGAGGAACAAAGACCCGCGUGCUUCCGGCCCGCGAACGAUUCUCUCUGUCGCUGUGCGCCCCGACCAAGAGAACCACGUUACGAAAGAAACGCUGCUCCGAAAAGGUUCGUGACACGCGGAGGUCUUCAGGAGCCCCAUCCGUCCCCGAACAUCGAAAGGUUUCCGAAAGACCUGCUCGCGGCGUGGACGGGAGCCACUGACGACGAUACAGGUAUUCCUCGAGUAUUCGAAACGGCAAGACAUCGACGACCUUGCACCUGCCACCUACCACCUCGACGUGUUCCCUCGAAUUUCGAUAUUAGAGGAUCUAUCGUGCGGUCCUCGCGACCUUGUCGUCAAACGACGCUAAACAAAGUCGAUCACGCUCGUCCCGAGUGGUCGUUAAUUCCUAUCGAUAAUCCUUCUCCGUACCUCGAGACGCACGUGUUCGCAGCAACCCAUCACUGCCAACUUGUACAAGAUCGACGUCCACGCUGGUGCGUUACGAGCUACUCGAUGUCCGUGCGUGUUCAGUGAGCAAGUUAUUCUGCGUUGACGAAAAAAAACGCACCGAAAAGCUCGAUCGACGAAGUCGCGAUGCGUAGCUGAGGGUUCGUGAAAAUCGUGGAAAUAUUCAAGUGAGCCCCUCGUCCCUCUGGUGUGUGUAUGUGUGUGAGAGUGUCGACGGUUCGAUAACGCGUAGCUGUGUUCCGCGGAGUGAAAACGCGACCGGUGGAUGAUAAUUGGCAGUGUCGAAUACGUGCAGUUAAUUAAAGCCUUCGUUUGAUCGGAGAAUCGAAAGGCUGCGAUAGGAAGGAGUGGAUUGAAGAGUACUGUGAUAUUAGCUGCUGGUAAUUUCGAGAUUCAACCAGACCACCGUGCCAAUGAGAUCGAACUAGCGAGUUGAAAACUGACGACAGUCGAAGGCUAGUUAAAGCGACCGUAGAGCACUCACCACGGGUGCUCCAAGUACCCCCCAACAGGUGGCUUGCACCCCAAUGAACGAUCAUCCACGGGAAUCCCCGUCAUCGUAACGCCCUAAGCCACGAGUACGGGGGACGUUGUUCGUUGUGUACCCACCGGAACUGGGCGAAACGAUCAAAAGUACCACCCCCGACGAAACGAAAAUUAUCCAGCGUUUACUGGCUUGUGCGCGCAGCUCCGUCAAUACGAGCGCAACGUCCGAGACUCCGGGCGGCUUGUGGGAGUGUGGCAAGUGCCUGGACGAAAUGAGGCUGAUGCAAAGGCUGGCGGUCAGCGGGCUGCUGUCCGUGAUACUGAUCGUUCUGCUGACGGGUACGUUCGUGACGCGACGCGACCUGGCGAACGUCAUCGAGCGCGGCGUGGCGCCAGAGGAACGAAACGAGCCGCUGAAUCCGGCCUGGGUGCAGAACAACGCGAUCCCCGGCCAGGACGAGGCCAGGAUCGAGGACAAGGAUCGACGGGUGGACUUCAAACACAGACAGUCCGAACCGUCCGCGGUCGGACCCCCGCCGAUUCCCGUGCCCGGGCCCUACGUCAUUAAACCGCCUAAUCCACCCUUGGACGACGUGACUAAUCAGCGCCGUGAAAAGAUCAAAGAGAUGAUGAAGCAUGGCUGGAACAAUUACGUGAGGUACGCCUGGGGGAAGAACGAGCUCAGGCCGAUCUCGAAACGGGGUCACAGCGCGAGCAUCUUCGGUGCAUCGAACAUGGGCGCGACCAUCGUCGAUGGCCUUGACACCCUCUACAUCAUGGGCCUCCACGACGAGUUCAAGCAGGGCCGCGACUGGAUCGCCGAGAACCUCGAUUUCGACAUAGUGAGUACAAAUAUAUCUCUCUUCGAGACAAACAUUCGUUUCAUGGGAAGCCUGCUUGCCUGUUACGCUCUCACCGGGGACGUGAUGUUCCGGGAUAAGGCGGCUCAGCUUGGCGAACGGAUGUUGCCCGCUUUCCAGACGGAAACCGGAAUUCCUCAUUCCCUCAUCAAUCUCCAUACCGGGGCGAGCAAGAAUUACGGCUGGGCGAGCAGCGGGUGCAGCAUACUGUCCGAAAUCGGUACGAUGCACCUGGAAUUCACCUACCUUAGCGACAUCACUGGCAAUUUGGUCUUCAAAAGCAAGGUGGAGAACGUUAGAAAAGUGUUGAAGAAUCUGGAGAAACCGAAGGGACUCUAUCCGAAUUAUAUCCACCCUAGGACUGGAAAAUGGGGACAACAUCACAUGUCGUUGGGAGGGCUCGGGGACAGCUUCUACGAGUACCUGCUGAAAGCUUGGAUUCAGUCGGGCAAGGAGGACGUCGAGGCACGUCAGAUGUACGACGAAGCGAUCGCGGCGAUAGAUCAACACAUGAUCCAAACGUCACCUGGAAAGCUGCUUUAUGUAUCGGACCUGAAAUACGACAGGCUGGACCAUAAAAUGGGUCAUCUGGCCUGUUUCGCUGGUGGAAUGUUCGCAUUAGGUGCCAAAACAAUGGAAAACGAAAUGUCUGACAGAUACAUGUCGAUAGCCGCUGGUCUAACUAACACGUGUCACGAAUCCUACGAUCGAAGCUUCACGAAACUUGGACCGGAAGCAUUCCAUUUCAUCGAGGGUAACGAGGCGAAGAGCUUAAAGAACGGCGAGAAAUAUUACAUCCUCCGACCGGAAACGUUCGAAUCGUACUUCGUGAUGUGGCGGCUGACAAAGGACCCGAAAUACCGCGAGUGGGGGUGGGAGGCUGUCCAGGCGUUGGAGAAAUACUGUCGUGUUCCAGGAGGCUUCACUGGACUUCACAACGUUUACGUGAUCGAUCCGCCGCAAGACGAUGUUCAACAAAGCUACUUCUUCGCUGAGACUCUCAAGUACCUCUACCUGCUGUUCAGCGACGACGACCUCAUAAACUUGGAGGACUGGGUGUUCAACUCGGAGGCCCACGUGCUUCCCAUCAGGGGCAAUCCCCUUUACCGGCCAUCCCCUUCUUUAUAAUUCGAACGAAGUCUCACGAUGCGUAAAAGCAACGCGCCGACGCGAGAAGAUUCUUAACACCGGGAAUCCCCAUCGUAGGGCGCGCCAAAGGGAGACGGAACUCGAGAAACCGGGACAGGAGCAACCAAAAAUAGGGCGAAACAAAAGGAAGAGGAACAAAAUAGGGAUACGGCAGUGCACAGAGGGAUAAGGUGGCCACUCGAGGACGAGGAGAGUCGGAGAACACAACGUCUAUCGGAGAACAAUGGCGGAAACGCGAGGUCUCGUCUCGGAGACGUAAAAGUCGCGCGUUGCCGCGCGGUUAAAUAAUUAUUUUAGGUAAAACGAGGUAAUAGGGAACGGAGGCGGCGUUACAGGGAAUUAUCGCCGACUGUCGGGCAAUUUUGAUCAAAUUUCGCAGAGAUUUUUCUUUGCUCCGAUCUAAAAACCAGUAUCGUACCACUUUACGACUUCCAGCGAGAAACCACCCCUUGUAAGAGAUCUAUUUUAUUCAAGAAUACAUAACUCUUAAAUCACAAAGGAUAAAGAAAGUUACUGUUUCUGGGGAAGCUUGGGAAAAAGUGUCGGGGACAAAGUUUUUUAGAAAAUUUCACUCCUGUCCCCUCUAUUUUUACAUUUUUCUCUGCUGAUACGAAAUUUGGCGUUUAAGGGUUAUAUAGACACGAACGAAAUGGGUGGUUGGUCCCUUAAAGUCGACUAGCAACGGGAGAACGUGGUUUUUAGGACGUGUCGGCGAUCGUUUGUGCAAAGUUUCGUUAAAAAGCGAUGUCUGACAGUUCGACGAUGCUGCCUUGUGAACGACACACGCGCGUACGUUUGUAAAUAGCGAGAAAAGAGCGCAUGCGUGAGAAUAUAUAAAAUAGAAAAAACGGAACGCACGAAUACGAGAAUGGACUUCAAUAGAGAGUACUUUAACCACUUCUUUUUUUCGCCCGCGACACGAAACGGUCUACCCAGAGGAACCCAUUCCGGAGGGCAUUGGAACGUUUGGUCAGAUUUAUCGGUGAUUAUGGCGUGUUUCUCUUUUUCUUCUUCCUUCCGUUCGAGCUUGGAAAAAAAACAAACAAAUGAUGAACCUUCCCUCUGAAAGAACGGAGAAGCUAAUUAUCGCGUGUGUGACUACGACGAUGAAGAAUGGUAUUCGGUUUCGGGGAUGUUCCUUGGGGAGCGGUUAAAUAUAUACCAUUCGUUACGAAAGUGGUGAAAAGACGUUUCGAACGAAAUUAUCUAACAUAAAAUUACCUUUUCUGUUCACUGAAAUUCGGUUAAUUAGCAACGAUGAUUCCCUCUAAACUACACGCUGGCAAAUGAUGUUCCAUUUCAUUAACGAUGUAACAUUUUUUACUACUUUUACAUAUUUACGUAUAGUACAAAACUCGCUUCAUUUCAAUAAAAAAAUGUAAAAUUUUCGCGACCUCUGAUUGCUCAAAGGAGUGCAACUGCCUAUUCGGAGGAUUCUAACGAAUCAAUCACCUGCUUCGCUGAUUUAGGGGGAACAACGAUGAUCCAUAUUUUCUCCAAAAAAUAUUUCAUGUUUUUUAAAAUUCAUAAACUCGUAAAGAGACGGAUUUUCACCGCUUUAAUUGCGAAUAUCUAACAGUUAUUCGACUUUGUGAUGUACAAUGAUAAAAAAAAAAACAGUCCUCCAAGAUAAAAAAUAAAAAUCGAUCGCAAUUGCCAACCGUCGAUUCCGCCACUUUUCAAACUCCACCGAGACGAACCUGUUCGCGGCUUUUUCUAACGUUUUCUACUUUUGAAUAACAACACUGCGCCUCGACGAUCUCGGUGGCGGAGAACGCCAAUGGAGAUUUAUUUUUUUCUAUUUAGCGGUCACAAAAAAAAUGCAGACCAGUCGUGGAAUUGUUCAUUAGCGUCGACUCGCAUAGAAUUUUUCGGAUUAGUUGAAUAUACCGUGAAGGGUGAUCCUCUGUUGUCGCAAUUCGGCUUAUUUUCAUCCGUAAAACAUUGCUACGAUACGUUUAAGCAUACCUGUCGACGAGGAGUUCAUAAAUCUAGCGAUCACGAAGUAAAAUUAUUACGUUUUAUUUGAUAAUUUGAGAUUUAUCAGAAGAUGGGCAAAAUUCUUAUUCGGAUAAAUAUUACAAAUAACGACUAUAUGAUAAACAACAUAUAUUUGUUAUCAUCGAAUAAUGUUGUUUUCAUUCAUUAUUUAUUAUUCGAAUAAAAUGUUACCCAUCUCUGGUGUUUAUUUUUAUUUUUUACGAGUACCUUCCAUUAACUCAGAUGUUUCUUUAAAAAUACGAUCACGAAGCCCGCGGUAAAUGGCGGAAAUUCGAAUACAAUUCCAAGUUCCUAACGCCCUUACUUUCCACUCUUUACGAGUUCCAAAGCGUCUCUUAAAUCGUGUGUGUUAGCAUGUAUCGGUGGAACUCGCAGAGUAAACUUUGCUACGAAGCUCGUAUUUCGAAACGUGAUUCCAUAUCGUGGCAUUUUUACGAACCUCUGGAAAACAGGCUUGCAAAACCUAGCUCGAAUUAUCAGGUUCAAUUCGUAAGUUUGUUAAUUCAAAACCGUAAUUAAAUAAAAAAUAUUAACGUUCAAGAACUCGAGCAUAUAUAAAACGACCACUCAGUGUGUGGCGAAUAUUAUUUUAAAUGUGAAAUAUAGUCGAGAAGAUGCCGAAAGUUGCGACAAAUCACAUCGUUCAUCUGAGCCAGUCAAUACAAUCGAAUUAACUUUGAUAUUCCGAAACGUGUGUAAUAAAUCGAGUCUAAGGAUAAUAAUAGCAAUAACGCGGCUCAUCGUGACGAAAAUGGAGCAGAGAGUUGCCCUUCGUGGGAGCCGAUUCGCGAUCACCGUUGCAUCGAUUCUCGCGUUCGAACAGCCUUCCUGUAUGCAGUCGGAAGCUCGACUGGCCGUCGAAGGCCAGCGGCAAACUAUCCCCACUCCACCGCUUCGUCUCUCGUCUCUGCGCAUGCCUGGUGCAUCCACGCGGCACCACCGCUGGAACAGUGGAAGUGGUGGGGAUCGUACUAGAUGCGAUUCACGCUCGUAAAACUGACCUUAAGCGACCGUUUCGAUCCAUUUCGACUGCGCUACUCGCCGCGAAAGGCUUUCGACCGUCGAGCGGCCCGCUCUGUCCGCCAUGGCAACCAUGAUCAACACGCAGCCACUCAUCAGAUGUUUCCGGUGCGAGUGUACAUGCUGAAUAUUUUCUGUUUUGCGUGUGCCGAACGUGUACAGCAAGCCGAAAAGGGGAAAGCAAAAACAGCGCGAGCCAGUCGCAUUUGUAGUUAGUAAACGACAUUAGCAAGCCGAUUAAACUAGCGUGUAUAUAAAGAUUUAAAUGAAAAAAAAGAAAGUCAUAUUCUAUACGAGGUACAAGGCGUAGAGCAGAAUUAUAGCGGUACUGGUGUAAUUGUAUAGGCUUUUGCAACGAACGCGCGCGAAAAAGAGAGAGAGAGAUAGAGAGAGAGAGAGAGAAAUGUAUGCAUGCUGUUGUGAGUGUGAAACGUUGUAAAAUUGAGCCAUACGCGUGUUCGUCGGUCACGAUUCGUUUGAGUCAGAUGCAUUUUGCUGCGUUCUAUUGCGGGAAACGAAUUUAAAAAUUGAAACUGACAUUUGUUUACCAAAUUUAAUGAAAAAUGUUUGAACAGAUUUACGAUUUCAGUAUGUAAUUUGCGAGUGCUUAAACUAUAAGAACUAUUCAAGAAUUGCAAGAAAAUUGUACAAUAAUUUUGAAUAUUAAUUGAAUUAAACUUUAAGAUCCGCCUAAUUGCAAAUGGACAGGUAGAAAUUCUGUUAAGAAAGCGUGUUAAAAUUUGAAUACAAAUUAAAUAAAUUUACCUAGACCUUUUGGAAGGGAAUGCUCUCGAUGGGGAGACGUCUAUUUUUCCAAAAUUUCCAAAACGUUCCCUGUUCUCCGGUUGGACGCAAUUUGUAUUUAAAAAGCGAUCGUUUCUCGCAUUUCGACGCAGGAAAUACCGAAGAAGUGGUUCUUCGCGGAGGAUCAGUCGAACAAUCAGUAAGCAUCGCACCUGUCGAUGAUUAAGACGGCCAGAAAGUUACUUAAUAUAUUAUACAUAAUAUACUUCACCUCUUGCCUUUCGUUCCUCGAUUUCAAACCAUCAUCCUCUUUGAGCGUUCAUCCCGGAACAGAAGCAAGACACACACACACACACACACACACGCCGGAACACAUGUAUUCGCGUACAUCUUUUCUACUCGAUGGGAAACGAAACGCUUGGAAAAGGAACAAGCGAAUCGUUGGUCCAUUCGUAUAGUUGCAACUGUCGUUCGUUCGCAGACGUUCACUGUUAUUGACGCGCUGAAGCGAUUCCCUGACUUAUCAUUCGAUUCGUGGAUUUUAGGCGGCUGGAUAACGUUCGAAAUAAUUUCACACGCGACGGAGAUUCGUGGCACUUUGAAUGUGAAAACGUGAGAACGCGUUACGUCCGUGAUAUCGUUAAAUUCGUGAAAUUACGCGCUCGUAUAAUUAUUCAUCAGGGAACAUCUCGUUUUUAGAAAAUGUCGUUACAGUACGAUUGUUCGAGGAAAAAAUUGUAUGUCCGUGUUUAAUACUGACAACGAAAUUACCUUUUGUACCGGUCACUGCGCAGGAAAUUUAUGAUUUACCAAAGAGAACAAGAGGAAUGUAAUAUCAGCAUCAGCGAGCAUGUCAACGAUUUUUUAGUGUCUUCUAGCAUGUAAAACACACUUCGCUCGGAAUUGGACGGCCAAAAAAAAAGUCUCUUCGUUUCCCUCUCUUUCUUUACGGACAAAUCAGCGACGGAAAUGAUUAUUUGCGUCGCUGGUAUACUUACACGUGUAAACAGCGAACCUUAGGCCGUUGUCUGUGUAACAAAGUAGUAUCAAAGACGAUAAUCAAUGGUGAUGGCGACGACGAAGGGUUGAGAAUAGGUUGGCGGUGACAAGGAUAGUAAUAAAAUGAUAAUUAGCCUAUACAUAUAUUUGUGAAUAGAUAUUUAAUAAUUUAUUGUUAACUAGAUUAUUUUAUUCGAAGAAUUUCAUUAAACGGGGUUUUGGGUACCAAUAAAUAUCAUUUCUUACGCCGGAAGGGGAUACCGAGAUUGAGUGAGCGCGAGAGAGAGAGAGAGAGAGAGAGAGAAAGAGAGAAAGAGAGAGCGAUAGUUUGUACGUGCGCUUUUAUCAAAGAUCCGAGAAAGAUAGAAAACUGUUUUUAGCUUUACUUAUCGAAUUUUUGUAAGGCGGAGCGAUCCAGACAUGUCAGAAAGAUGAAAAAGAAAUAUAUAUUAUAUAUUUAUCGUUGGUCGAGAAUGAGAUGAAGAAUGGUGAAUGAUAAAACGACGACGCGAUACUAUAUACUUGUAAAUACAAUACACGAUUUAGUGAUAACGGGGUUUUACUUUUAACAGCUUUAUGUGAUUAUUACUUUGUCAUGAUCAGUGAAAUAAAUAAAUGAUGAUAAUACUUUAA